UUGCCAUUCGCCCUCGGACGGCUGGACGAUUUGAUCACGCGUUUUGACGGAAGUUGGAUUUUUCUGGAUACUGGUGAAAUCUGACAUAAGACGAUUCAGUGGUGAAUGACAAUCAGCUGUAAUGUUAUGUUGUCAUUACUUAAUUCGAUUCAUCGUUAUCACACGUCUGUUCUACCUAACCUAAAAUAAUGGUUCGCUUUAAAAACAGAUAUGUCACCAUCCAGGUAAACGAUAUCGACGAGCCAGAUAAGCCCUUGGCUAUAAAAUCGAUUGGGCUUCAUAAUGCAAUACAGCGAAAGGUUUUGCAGUUACAUGGAGAUUUUGGAGUAUCGGCUAUAAAAUCUGGUUUCAACGCUAAUUAUUUCAAUAUGCACACGAGAAUUGCUCUGAUAAAAUCCAGACAUGGACCGCAUAGAUUUGUCGUCGACGCCAUCAGAGCUGUAAAGAUAAUCGAUGGGCGACGGGUCAAUCUUGAUAUUCUGUACAUCGGUGCUACGUUGAAACAUUGUUUCAAUUGUAUCCAAAAAUAUCAACGUCAUCAAUUAGAGAAAGUCUGGUACACCCUUCGAAGCGACACUGAAAGAAAGAAUAUGGAAAAUGCGCUAACAACGAUGAGUGAAGCCAUGAAAAAUUUCAAAUAAACAUUAGCAGUUCACACCGCGUCAUACCGCAGGGGUUGCAUCGGGGCGGUGCAUGAUGCAUUCGCCUGCUGCUGAUGGUAAAAAAGGGGAUUAAAGUUGAGAGGGCAACCGAGAGAUGUCGUUUCAUUUCUGAAUCGGGCGUCGUUGGCUC